UUUAUUUUCUGUAGCAGCUCGCGUACUCCAUUGUGUGUUCGGAAAUUGUAGUGUUAAAAAUUGGUGUGGUCAACGCGGAAACAAAACGCAUAAAACACGCUUCACAGCGGGAACCGAUCCAAGCGCGUCCCUGACUGCUUUUCUGUGCGAUUGCGGAGAAAAAAAGGUGGGCAUUGCGCCUCCGUCGGAUAAAAACUACUCCCUCUAUUGAUUGGUGACCAAUUGGGGAGGUGCGUAAAACGACAGGAAAACCCCCCUACCCGCCGUCGAAGUUCUUGCAGAUGCAGACAUGAAUGAUACAUGGCUCACAGUUUUAAAGACAGCUGGACAAAUGCAUGCUACUAUUUAACGCUGGGCCGUGCAGAGAAUGGAUGUAAGCCAAACGACGGCGCCGGGUGUGUACGUGAACUACUAAUUGACUGGAAUCGGCCGAUCAGGUGUAUGGUUGACCAUCAGCACUGCCACUAGCGCGUGCCACUUGGUGAAUACCUACAACCCUUGUUAAGGGGCCAGGCCAGACCAGGUCAGACCAGAAAGUGGCUCAAAGGUCAAACAACCGUCUACUGGAUUGAGGGAGAAAGUAAACAAAGACCGUCGAACAGAACGACAACAAUAACGCUCGUCAGCAACGUGUUACUGCAACACGGCACACAGCACGCACCAACACAUCGGAUCGGCAAACAACCACACUACUUUUGGCGGUGCGAAAAAAAAGAAAAGAAAGGAAGAAAAGAACCUCCACACACGGAACAGAGCAACACAAACCCCGAACUUCGCGUGCACCGUAGAAUCAAAUGUGUUGCUGGAAAUGAUUUGUAACGAGGACGUCGUCGGUUGGUUCAGAGAUCUGAAGAGCUACAGCAGAAUAGACACGAUGUGCAUCAUGCUGAACAUGUGCCUGCCGUUCGAGCUGCGGUUCCUCGGCACGUACCUGGAGGAGCUGGGCCGGCGGGACGCACCGGAGCUGCGUGGUGCCGAGCUGAAGGUGAACAAUCCGCAGGAGUUCAUCGCGGACAUUGCAUCGGGCGAACCGACCGACCAGCGGAUCCGGCGCAAGAUGGCCCUGUUUCUUGCGCUGUACCGGGCGUGCAAUCAUGCGUACGCGAACGAGCUGUUCAAAACGCUCGAGGGUUGGGGUGCGCGGCCCGAUCUGCAGCGGCUGUUCGAGGAGGACGAUCAGCAGGAGCUGCUGCUCGUGUACACGAUGGCCACCAAUCAUCCGGUGUUUUCGUUCGAGCAGCGGUUGCACUGUGGCGAAAUUUUUAGCAAGCUGAAAUCGCUGGAACUGAAAGCAGCUGCUAGCCCACGGUCGGGGGAGCGUGAGGAGGUUGCGCUCGAGCAGCAGCAGCAGCAGCAGCAGCAGCAUCAUCACUCGCAGCAGCAGCAACAGCAGCAUCUUCAUCAGCACCAUCAGCAGGCACCAUCGCAGCAUCAUUCGAUGGAUUCGUUGCAUAGCAACAGUCCGCAGCAAUCGCCAAUACAGCAGCAGCAGCAGCAGCCACACCAUCAACAGCAUCAACCGCAGCAUCUACAGAACUCGACACCUCCACCGGCCGUGCCGCCACCGCCCGGUACGGCAACGAUUCAUGCACUGCCACCGAAUGCGGCAUUGUCGAUGCAGAAUCUUCCCCAAGGGCCGUCCUCGCUCGGGCAGCCGAUCACGCUGACCUACGCAGGAUUGCCCGGAUUGACGCAGACGCUUGCUAAUGAUGUCACGCUUACUACGACGCACUUCCUGGACCCAAUGCAUUCGCUGCCAGUGCAGACAGACUUUACGAUUCCUCCGCCAGGACCACCAGCCGGAACCGUGUCAUCGCGGUGGGUUCAAUCCGUUUACCAGCAGCUAUCUUAUCCGCCUCCGUCAUCAUCGCCCCACAUGAGCAACCCAUCAUCGCCGAUCCACAGUCGCACGACAAGUCCAACCCGCAUUCACCCGAGCAGUGUGCAGCAUCGAAUAAGCCGCAACCAGCAGAAUGACCAGCAACAGCAGCAGCAACAACAACAGCAGCAACAACAGCAACAACAACAACAGCAGAAUCAAUCGCAAAUGCAAAGCUUAAAAUCUGUUGAUGAGGACCAGACGAUGGUGAUGCUGAGCCAGAUGCAGCUGCGAAACGGCAUUCGGCAAGCGCACAACACGUUGCCGCGACAAUCGAAACAGAGCUACGUCAGUCAGCAGCUUCCGCCAUAUCAUCACCAGCAGCAGCAGCAGCAGCAUCAUUCGCAGCAGCGGGAUAGCGGUGGCAGUGGGAUCUACCAUACGGCAAACUACAACGUCAAGGGUGUCGGUGGCAUGAUGAUGGACAUCAUGAAUCAUCAACCGAACUCAACCGGUAGCGAUUCGGGCAGCUCGAUCGGUUCCACGGGCGACGUGUCGCCGCCGGAAACGCCCGGCGUGGUGCCAGCGACCACCAUCUCCACGAUUCCACACGUCCGCUCGAAUCGCUCGAGCAACAUGCGCAACAUAAACGGCCGGCUCGAAAAGCCUUACCCACCAAUGUCAUACUCACAGAUGCAUCAGCUACAGCAGACGGUAGCGCAGCAGCAGCAGCAACAGCAGCAACAGCAACAGCAGCAGCAAUUUGCCGCAUCCGACCUCAUGGUUACGAGUACGGCACAGAAUUUUCUCACAACCGGCACGACUAACGGUGCUACGAUGAGCAGCACCGGCAACAAUGGGGCCACUGGCAGCGGCGUUGUGUCGGGAGGGGUGCUGAUCAACCAAGCCGCUGUCGCUGUCCAACCGCAACCGGGCCAGUUUGUAUACGCGGGUACACCGGCCACCUUUCCGCAGGUAAGCGUAUCGCACCGGUCCGUCGCUAGUGCGGCCCUGCCGCACGGUACCGCCUUCCGGACGGCGCCGGCCUACGCGCAGACAAUUCAGCAGCAGCAGCAGCAGCAGCCACAGCAGCAAGCGGCCGAACCGAUACUUUACCAGUACCAUCCAACGGCGGUGGUAGCCGCUACCGGCGUGCCGGGCCAGACGGUGGUAGCAAACAGCACGCUAGCGUUUCUGCCUCCGCAACCGGCAUCGACGGUAGCUAGCACGCAGACCGGUCUGCCCGGUGCCGUUCGGUCGUCCCCCUCGCCCCAGAUCGGUUUGCUACAGCAGACCAAGGUGCCUGGUGGUGGUGGUGGUACAGUAGGCAGCAGCUCGGUGGGAGUGUACGGAGCGACCAGCACGCUGCCGUACACGAGCGCGGCACCGUCGUGUUACAACUGCGGCUCCCUAAAGCAUACCGGCCUCGAUUGCCCGGAAGCGUCGAUGGAGGAUAUGACGCGAACGUCUAACUUCACGCUAGAUUACAAUACAAUAAGCAACAGUGCGACGUCGCCGAGCACGGUAACAACGCCGACGACCACCACGAUACCGUUACUGACCGGUGGAGCGCAUAGCAAUAACAAUACGACGCCGGGAGCGGGCGUAAGUCCCUCCGUGGAUCUGUCCGCGGGCAUAUCCACCAGCGGGGUGGCAUCCGGGGAGAGCGGCACUGCAGCUAGCAACAGUAGUAGUAGUAGCAGCAGCAGCAGCAGUAGUAGCAGCGGCAACAGUAGCAACAAUAGUAGCAAUACUACAAGUGGCAAUGGUAACAAAAGCAACAAUAGUACCAGUCUCAGCAGCAAUAUGAUCAGUGCCAGCAGUAAUAGCAAUAACAACAAUAACAACAACAACAACAACCAUCAUCAUCAACAGCAUCAUCAUCAUCACCACCAUCAUCACGCCAAUAGUGGAAGCGUGAGCAGCAGCAGCAGCAGUAACAGCAAUAACAGCUCCAUGGAUGUGCCCUUGACCAGUAGCCUGUUGCCGGUGGACGGUGUCAGCGGCAGCAACAACAGCAGUGCCAGCAGUGGCAACAGUGGUGCUGCUGCUGCCCCUGCCAUGGGGCUCAGUGGCAGCACUGCUAGCACCAGCAGCGGCAACAACAGCGCCAGCGGUACUAGUGGUGGUAGUAGUAAUAGUAGCAAUCUCGUUAGUGCUAGCGGUAAGUGAUAAUCAUUGGAGGGAGUUAGAGUAAUCCGGUCGAACCGUUGUUCGGUUCUGGUGGCAGCAGCACUAGCUGCGUCCGUUGCUGCCGUAGCGGCACUUCUUCGUUCGUUUCCCUUGUCGUCCACUUCGCUGCAUUCUGCCAACACUACUGACCACCGUGCUUGAUGAGCACGCUGACGCCGGGACGUUCUAGAACACGCGGAAUGUCCUGUACGAGCCGCAAGGUGAAGAGGGAGAUGGAGAUAGAGAGAGAGAGAGACCGAGAGAAAGAGGGCACGUAUUGGUGUUUUACAGUUGCUAUCCUUUCAUUUCUCCUCCGGCAUAUGAUCUCGCAAUGAUGUGUCCCAUCUCUUUCUUAAUCAAGUGUGGUACGCAGUGUUCGUUCCCUCGUUUUACGAAAGAUAAGCAUAUUGGGUUUUUUUUGUCCGUAAUUUCUUGCGCGGAACUUUCCGCGCCGUUGUAAGGAUAGGCAUGCUUCGCCAGCCGAAUGUUUAGCUCAGCGCCAUGCGCAACAAGUGCGCAAGCAAUCACUGUCCUCUGUUGUUUGCUGGCCCGACCUCAAAGCAUCGAAAGACACGAAGGAUAGAUUUAUUUUGUUAUGCGUAUAAACCAGCUAAUGUUAGACAUAUCUUCCCUUUCGGCUUGGGUUCAGCAUGCUAUUCCGUCACUAUGAUGAUGGAUGAGCAUAGCAGGGGAACGCUAAAGCGAGAAGACGAGUGUCAAACAUCGUUUGGGUGUAGGUUUUUCACACUCUGUUAUUUUAGUGACCUCUUAGAGUUAGGGUAGGAUAGAAAGAUUUUAUAAUUGCAGCAACAACACAGCAGCUGUGCGCGGCAUUGACGAAAUCCUCCAGCACAGGAUGGACAUUAGCAUCCCUCUCGAAGAAAAAAGAAAACAAUUACAUUAAAAAGGGUAGCAAAAGGGCGAAAACUCCGCGCUUCUACUGCUGUGUGCGGCGAUAAGCGUAGUACGAUCGUGAUAAGAAAUCGUACCGUUGAAAACCUACCCUCCCCCCUCCUCGAACAUGCUUUAGACGGUUACGCAAAGCACGACAAAGGUGUCACGUGUUGUGCAUCCCGCUUUGAUCAUAAUGUUUUGCGCGAUAAUGUUUGUGUAUGUGUGAUUGUUUAGUAUAUGUUUGGAAAGGUUUUACAUUUUGUUGCCAAUCUAACAGUGAUUCACCACCCUCCCAAUACAUAGCCCGAGUGUGUGAGAAGUAGACAUUCAGGCAUUGUAGAAAUUUUAAUUCAGGUUUUGUGCCAUCGUGAAAUAUUGAGACAAGGGCAGCAGAUUUCCCGGUUUUCUUGAAUGCUUUAAUGCUGUAUUCUAAUGAGAUGUGUUGUUUGUUACAUUGCGCUACUAAUAUUGGCAAAAUUGCACUCUCUUGGUUUUGCUUUCGAUACGUGCGCUCUGUGCUUUUUUUUUUAAACAUUACUUUACGUUGAACUUUAGAAAUUUGCUUUCGUUCUGAAACAAUCAUUCGCAUUUUGGAUGUGUUUAGGUGUACAGUAACAAGGGACAACAAAACGGUUUUUAGCGCAUAGGAUAAGCAUAGUAGCAGAUAGUUAAAUUAACGACGUAUGUAUGCUUACUACUGGGACAGGAAGAAACACGCCGAAGGGAGUAGCAUGAGGGUAAAACAAUAAAACAGCAUGGUCAGGCAGGAAAAGAACGAACCCCCGAA